AUGGACCCCAAGUUCACGGCCGAGCAAGCGCUCUUGACGUCGCUGCACAAGCCGCGCGAGUACCACAAGAAGGACUCAUCCAAGACGCUGAAAACACUCAAUAUCUCCGAUGCCGACAUGCGCUCAUACCGGAUUGAGCACCGUGGUGUGACCGACGAGGACAUGGUCACCGAAGUCCGCGAGCUCCAGCACCAGCGCAACACGACGUCGGAGGCGCCGACAGAGAAGAAGAACGACAAGAUCCAGGCCAACGCGAUGCGACGGCGCGAACGCCACACGGCCGCGCAAUCACUCUACCAGGUCCAGCUCAAGACCAUUAGCGAGCAGCUCGAAGGCGACAUCCUCCGCAUUAGCGACACCAUCAAGGACGACCUCCUUCUCGUCAAGACGACGACGGACGAGCAUUUUGGCCGGCUCCGAAGCAAGCCUUGGCUCAUUGCCGCCUCCCACGACCUUGUGAAUGAUGCGUGGCGGGCGCUCGAACAGCUCUGGAUCCAACGGACGCUCACGAUCGUGGCCUUUGGCGAGUCGCUCGAAGCCAUCGAGCAGUCGCGGUCCGAGCUCGUUGGCGCCGAGCUACGCACGCUCACGGAAACCUGCGUCGCAGCCGCGUACGUGCUGCCGCCCGAAGUCGAACGGCUCAUCGAAGUCGAGGCGCACGAACUCAACGUCGUAUUGAUUACGAAUCGGCGGUCGCACUCGCACCUCCUCAGCCGCAUGCUCAAGGAAGACGUGCACAAAUUCGUCGACGUCCGCACCGCGUGGGAGGCCUGCGAGCGCAACUGGCGCGCGCUCAACCACGACCACGCGAUCGAGGUUUUCCAAGAGACGCUGUCGUCGCCCUUGUACAUGGCCCCGCCGUCGCUGCAUGCGACUUUGAGCCAGUUGCGCGACGCCCAGCAACGCGUGCACGAGACCGAGCGGCUCGUCGUGCUCAAGCAGCUCGGCGAACGCGGCGCGACGCUCCCGUCCGACGCGAUCCAGAAGCUUGUCGUUUCCUUUGCCGAGAUGUACAAGAAGGAGGAGGAGCGCAAUGCGACGUACUUUGAGAUGCUCUUCCGCUGCCAAGCGUCCAUCGUUGCCGACGCCGUCGGUCUUCGGGAGCAGCUUCGCGCGACGUGCCACCGCGUCGGCGCCAAGGCCGACGAAGGCUGCCUCGGCCAACACGCGGCGCAGCUCGCAGCGUUUCUUGGGAACAAGGAGUUCGACGAUUUCUUCCGCAUCGCGGGGGGACUCCGCAGCGAGUUAGCGUCAAUUGAAGAGCGCUUGGCGUCCCCCGAGAUGAUCUACCAAGCCAACGUCAUCUCGCUCGAGCCACGGGUCGGCCUCCUCGUGCAUGCACUCCCACUCGAGAGCAUUUUGGACGCCCAAGGCAAAAGCAACGAGCGCAAGACGCUGCAAGGCACGCUCGAGCGGCUCCGCAAAGCGCCGAAAAAUGAAAUCCUCGGCAUCCUCCCGCUCUUGCACGCGCAAACCGUGAGCCUCGCGACGAUCCAAGGGCUCCACCCGAUGCUGCAGUCGGAGCUCGAGGAAAUCGCCAAGCGCCUCGACGGCCUCAUGCACGACAAUGCCAGCAGCGAGCACGCCCACGCAUCGACCACAUCCUCGUCGUCGUCCGACCCGCCAGGCUCGGCCGCCUCCAAAUCCAAAAGCAUUGGGCUUGACGCCUUCCAGAUCAACGACAUUCAGGGGAUUCGCAAGGCGCAGCGCCGGCUCGGCACGCUCGUGUAUGCGUCCGAUCUCCCCACCAGCAUCAAAUCCCUCCUCUCCAUCAUCCUCGAUGCUCUCCGGGUGCAGGGACACGCCAACGACGUCGUUGACGCCAUCGUUGCGACCGAAUGCGACGGUCUCAUUGCCCUCCGCGAAGCCGAAAUGAAAGCGCUCUUGACGCUCGUUGGCGCGGGCCUCGAGGCGCAGACGACGACGCUGCAUCUCGCUUGCGACCGCGUGACGCGCUUCGUGCACAUGGUCGUGGCGUGUCUCGAGGCGUACGAGGAGCGGACGCGCGUCGUCAACUUGACAGUGCUCGACCUCCUCGACACGCUCAAAGACACGCACGAAGAGAACAUUGCGGCGCUCGAGGACGCGUUUAGCUCGCGCCGGUCGGCCUUGCGCCAUGCGCCGGACGAGGCCGCGCUCGAAGCCGAGUUUGUCAACUGUCUCAGCCUCUUGGAGCGCAUCGAAGACGAGUACCGCAAGUACAACAAAAAGGUGACGCUGGCGUCGACCAACCACCCGAUCGCGAUUACGCGCCAAGCCGCGCUGUACCGCAACAUGCUCAGCGGUCAUUUUGGCGUCGAGUCCAACACGCACGACGACGAGACGGACAUUGAUGCGCUCGUGAGUGCCGAGUGCAUCGAGCGCGCGAUCAACGACCCCGCGCCGGUAAUCGCUGUGAUGGAGCCGGAGCCUCCAGCACCCGCGGUCGAGGUCACGCCAGGCCCAACACCGCGCAACGGCAAGAAGGAGCUGGUGACGCCAGGACGCGCGGUGGUCGAGCCAGCCAUGGAAGCAGGUACGGGCGCCACCGUCUCGGUACCAGCCAAGCCUGCGACGCCCGCCGUCAAACCCAAGAAAGAGGCGCGCGUGUGCUCGUCGGAUGAGCUCUUGGAGUACAUUUUGGUGCACAAGAUUCUGCUGCCGGGCGAAGAGCCGUCGGACGACGACGUGGACGCGGCGCCCGAUGUCGUGAGCACAAACGACACUGCGACAGUUCACGACGACCACUCGUCCGAGCUCGCGGCGCCGGCGCUGGCCAAUGUGCCGGCCCUACGCGACGUGAUUGUCAUCUUGACAAUCCCCAAGCCACACCUCUUGAGCCUCCUCGACCGACUCCGAAAUGCGAUGCUCGCGGCGUUCGAGUCCAAGAGCAAACUCCAUGUCAAGAGUGCCAACCGUGACGCCGAGACGCACGUUGAAGAGUACGCGUUCCUCCUCGAAGAGUGCCUGCGCAUGCACUGGCCGCGCAAAGGCCGCACGGACGUUCAGAUCUACCAGCCGCGCGCCGGCGAGCUCGUGAGUCACCGGCAGCGCCACGGGCGGCACAUCAAAAACAUCCUCAAAAAGCUAUCCGUGCAAGAGACGGCCUUUCUGGAGCUGCACGCAUCCGCGCUUGCGUGCGUGCGCGACCAAGAGAAUGCUUUGCUCGGUCUGCAAGCGCAGCUGCUCAUGCAAACUAGUCUCGCCGCGCUACAAGGUCUCGAGAGUCGGUCCAAGACGACGUACGUCGAGUUUAAGAGCGCGUGGGCCGACCUGCUCAGCACCAAGAUGCGGGUCUACCUGACCGACGAGCCCGCGGCGCUCGCGGCCAUGUGUCGCGAGCUUGUCACGACGUGUUCGCAUCACAUUUUCCCCGAUUUGAACUCGGUCGAGGUCAUUUCUGGUUGCGACUACCACCCCGAUGAGGUCAAGUACGUCCAGAGCCUCGUGGGCGAGACCGAAGCGACGAUUCAAAAAGCCGUCGCCCAUCGGCGCGAGAUGAUCGAGGCGCUCGAGGGCCUCGAACAAGGCAUCUUAUCGCUCCUCGCGACGUUCAAGACGCGGUACCAGACCUGCAUCCAGAACCUCUCCAUCAAGGAAGGGCUGGGCCAAAAGUACGGCAUGCCGCGCCGCAACGCCCAAGAGCGUCUGCGCUCCGAGAUGAGCCGGUCCGACGAGAUGGCGCACUCGAUCGACAGCCUUCUAUCGACGCUCACUGUGAUGACCACGUCCCGAGAGUGCGCGCUCAACGGUACCUAGGCGAUAUAGCACCACCUCUCGUAUCGUUCUUCCACGACAGGACCCAAAGUGCCGAGCAACUUUGUACGGCAAAUCCGGUCGGUCGUGCUCGAGCUCCGCCACAUUAUGUACACGCGCAGCCUUUACCUCGGCGUGCUCAAAAACAAGGUGCAAGUCGCGCCGCGCAAAGUACCCGACGAUCUCGAGGCGACGACCAAGUACGACGCCGACGUCCCCCACGAAGCUGUUGCCGACAUCAGGACCUUUAUGGAGUGGACCGUGCAGUUUGAGGCGCAGUGCAUUGCCGACACCAAGAGUCUCUUCCAGGCCGAAGGCAAAGCGAUGGAGCUUCCGCCCGACGGGGUACCCGACACACUCAAAGAGUACCUCGCGGACCAAAAAAGCAAGGCGGCAGCCUACGUCCACACGCAGAUCAAGGCGUUCAAAGCCCAAGUGAAAGCGUUCGCGGGCGUGCUCGCGGUGGCGCCGGCCGUCGCGCUUGACAACAUUGUCGUGCGCGCCAAAGCUACCGUUGAGGCCAAGGUCCAUGGCCUCGUGGCGGCCUUCGAGGCCCAGCACGCCGAGUGGGAGGCGCAAAAGCAGAGGCACAAGAGCGCGCUGACGCCCGACCUGUGCAGCCCCAACCGCGUGUCGGCUGUCGAGGCGCUCUGUGCCAAAGAGGCAGCACGAACGCUCGAGGUCCAAGCCGCAAUCCGCAGCGUGCGCUGGAGCGUUCUGGAAGAGCAUAUUGGGAACGCACGCGUCUUCCACAAGCGACUCUUGGCUGCGUUUGGGUCGCUCAUGGAGAUCCUCGACUCGUGCGUCAUGCCCGACGACCUCGCAAAAGACGAGGACGGCGACGAAGAAGAGAAGAAGCGCAAGUCGCUCAAGCGGCUGCGAAAAGCACUGCGCAAAGUCGAACAUGGCGAUCCGCUCGCGGCCGCGCUCUCAAUCGACGAGCGCAAGGUCCUCGACGCGGCCAAGGAGACACAACGCUUCCCAAAGCGGGCGUGGCCCGGCCUGCCAGUUGUCUCGGUGUUCGAGAUGCCGCCUGCGGUUCAGGACGACACGAAAGGCAAAGUGUUUACAAAGGAAGGCGUCGAUGGCAAUGGUGCGAUGGUCGCGUACUUGACGGACGCCCACCGCGCCGCCGUCGUCGGCCGCGACAGCACGUACAGCGCGUACCACGCCUACUGCGAGGCUGCCAUCGACGCAUGGACCAAGCACUAUACAACGCUCUUGACGGAGGAAGAGCUCUGGUUCCUCAACUGGGGCAAACUCAUUCAGUCGAUGCGGCAAGACUCGUAGUAAAUAUGAAUACCAGCUCGUAGUUGUACAUUGUUC